AUGAGGACUUUCUUAUGGCAAGUUUUGGAUAUUGUCAGUGGUCAUGAGUCGUGGUCGUCUUAUCGAAGGAUGUGCGUGUCUAAGUGUCUUCGCUGCGUGGGUGUGGCCUUGGUUGCCCUGGCGAUCGUGUGCAUCGUGGCCAACUUGUUGCUGCUGCUGCCGGAGCUGAAGCUUCACUUCCUGUUGGAGGGUCAUGUGACCAGAGAGGCCUCAUGGGCCACGGGACUCUGGAGCUCCGGACUCCUGAUCAUGCUUGGCGCGCGAGCAUUUUUGCAGAGCAGCCAGACGACAGGAUGCUGCGCUUUCAGAACUCAGAUGCUACGUCAGGCGAUGUACUCCUGCGCGUGUCUGCUGUCUUCUGCGUUUUGUUGCCUCGUGAGCGUCACAGGGCUGGUCCAAGGUCCACUUUGUCUCUACAACGCCACAAGUGGACCAACCUGGGGCGUGCCGCUUAAACCCACCGCCGACAGGGAUGCCGGAUACCUGUACAACAUAAGUAUGUGGUCAGGUGUAUGUUUGGAGCCCAGGGGUGUGGUCCAGUGGAAUCUAGUUCUCUUCAGCGUACUAGGGGGCGCCAGUGGGCUGCAGGCACUCCUUUGCGCCGCAAACCUCAUCAACACCUUGCUUGGCGUCCUCCUGGGACGUGGGCCAAGUGACCACAAGGUGAGACCAUCAUUGUCAAUCCAUAAAUAA